CGCACCACGCGCUGCAGCAUCCCUACAUCCCACCAUCAUGCCCAAGAAGAUUGGAAUCAUCUGCACCUCCGCCUGCACCAUGGGGGACCACGAGACCGGCGCCUGGUUCGAGGAGAUCGCCACCCCUUACUACGCCCUGAAAGAGGCGGGGAUGGAGAUCGUCCUCGUGUCGCCGAAGGGUGGCGAGAUCCCGCUCGACAAGGGAAGCAUGCAGGGCGACUUCUUCACCGCGGAUUGCAAGAAGUUCAGCGAUGACGCCGAGGCCAUGGCCGCCCUCAAGUCCAGCGUCAAGCUCGAGGAAUCCCACGCCGAUUCCCUCGACGGCAUCUACCUCGCCGGCGGCCACGGCACCAUGGACGACUUCUACUCCAACGCGCUCCUCCACGCGGUUGUGGAGAAGAUGUACGCGGCGAACAAGCCCAUCGCCGCGGAUUGCCACGGACCCGCCGCGCUCGUCAAGUGCAAGAAACCCGACGGCACUCCGCUCAUGGCCGGUAAGAAGAUGACGUGCUUCGCCGACACCGAGGAGACCGCGGUCGGUCUGCACGAGAAGGUCCCGGAGAUGAUCGAGGCUGCGUUCAGGGCGCAGGGCGCGGAGUUUUCUAAAGCCGACGAUUGGCACCCGUACGCAGUCACCGACGGUAACCUCGUCACCGGACAGAACCCCGCCUCGUCCAAGCCCUGCGUCGAGCAGUUCAUCGCCAUCUGCGCCUAACUAACGAGCGAGUCUACAUCUGUUAGGAGAACGUGAGAUUUUAAGAUUUUUGAGACG